UAGUGGGUACUGGUAACACACGUCACAAUCAGAAAUUUGAUAAAUAAUUGUUGCUUAACCAACAGUAUUUAGCAGCAACACAACUACCUUUGGCCAUUCUGGUGGCUUUAAUUGAACUCACCUGCAAUUUCAAGCACACUUCAACUUCUUAUAUCCCCAAUUCCCCAUCUUCCACAUUGCUUCAAUUCAUCCUCAAAAAAUGGCCACAAUAAUGUCUAUCUCUUUCUCAUCUCUUGAUCUUUCCUCUUACUACCACCUUAUCUUCACUCUCUUGGCCUUCCUCUUAUCAUGCCUCAUUUUCUUACUCACUCACCGAACCAAAUCCAAGAAACUCAACCUUCCUCCGGGUCCCGCCGGCUGGCCUAUUGUCGGAAACCUCUUCCAAUUCGCCCGCUCCGGCAAGCCCUUCUUUGACUACGUCAAUGACCUCAAAUCAAUCUAUGGUCCAAUCUUCACUCUUCAAAUGGGGACAAGAACAAUGAUUAUACUCACCGAUGCCAAGCUCGUCCACGAAGCCAUGAUCCAGAAAGGCGCCAUGUAUGCGUCAAGGCCGCCGGAGAAUCCUACCAGGACUAUCUUCAGCUCUAACAAGUUCACCGUUAACGCCGCCGUUUACGGACCGGUUUGGAAGUCUCUGCGGCGGAACAUGGUUCAGAACAUGCUGAGCUCCACCAGGCUGAGGGAGUUCCGUACCGUGAGGGACAAGGCCAUGGAGAAGCUCAUCAACCGCCUCAGAACUGAAGCAGAGAACAACAAUGGCGUUGUCUUCGUCCGCAAAGACGCGAGGUUCGCGACGUUUUGUAUCCUCGUUGCAAUGUGUUUUGGCCUCGACAUGGAAGAACACAAGGUGGAGAAAAUAGAUGAAGUGAUGAAGAACGUUCUCAUAACUCUGAAUCCAAGACUCGAUGAUUACCUUCCGAUCCUGAGUCCUUUCUUCUCGAAACAGAGGAAAAGAGCGUUACAAGUUCGAAAGGAACAGGUGGAUUUCAUUGUACCGUUGAUUGAACAGAGAAGAAGAGCUAUAGAGAAUCCAGGCUCCGACGAAAUCGCAACAACAUUCUCAUACCUUGACACACUGUUCGAUCUGAAGGUUGAAGGGAGGAAAUCUGGUCCUUCAAAUGAUGAAUUGGUUUCCCUCUGCUCAGAGUUCCUGAACGGGGGAACAGACACGACGGCCACGGCGGUGGAAUGGGGGAUAGCGCAGCUGAUUGCUAAUCCGGAAGUCCAAGAAAAGCUUUACAGAGAGAUAACGGAAUGUGUUGGGGAGAAGAGGGUGGAUGAGAAGGACAUAGAAAAGAUGCCGUAUUUGCAUGCGGUGGUUAAGGAGCUUCUCAGGAAGCAUCCUCCAACGCACUUUGUGCUAACACAUGCUGUUACUCAGCCUACAACUUUGGGUGGAUAUCAUAUUCCCCUUUUUGCAAAUGUUGAGGUCUACACCCCCGCCAUCGGUGAGGACAGAAGGCUCUGGUCAAACCCUGAGAAGUUUGACCCAGAUAGGUUCAUCACAGGCGGUGAAGAAGCAGACAUAACUGGAGUGACUGGAGUGAAGAUGAUGCCGUUCGGUGUUGGGAGAAGGAUAUGCCCUGGUUUGGCCAUGGGGACAGUGCACAUUCAUCUCAUGCUGGCUCGGAUGGUUCAGGAGUUUCAAUGGAGUGCUUAUCCACCUGGCAAGAACAUCGAUUUCUCUGGCAAGCUUGAGUUCACUGUGGUCAUGAAAGAACCUCUAAGAGCAAUCGUCAAGCCAAGACCUUAAACAACAACGAUAUGUAUACGAUUCCUGAUUCCUUAUUUUUCUUGUACUCAGAUAGCACUUGUGAGUUGGAAUCGCAUUUUA